AUGAAGUUGACGUGCUCACUGUCGUCGUUAGAGGAGUUGUCGUUGACGUGCUUCCUGUCGUGGUUGAUGAAGUUGAAGUGCUUCUCGGUUGUGGUCAGAGGAGUUGUCGUUGACGAGCUCUCGGUUGUGGUCGUUGGUGUUGUCGUUGACGUGCUUCCUUGUCGUGGGUUUGAUGACGUUGACGUGCUCUCGGUUGUGGUCGUAGGAGUUGUCGUUGACGUGCUCUCGGUUGUGGUCAGAGGAGUUGUCGUUGACGUGCUCGCGGUUGUGGUCAGAGGAGUUGUCGUUGACGUGCUUCCUGUCGUGGUUGAUGUAGUUGACGUGCUCUCGGUUGUGGUCAGAGGAGUUGUCGUUGACGAGCUCGCGGUUGUGGUCGUUGGUGCCGUCGUUGACGUGCUUCCUGUCGUGGUUGAUGAAGUUGACGUGCUCUCGGUUGUGGUUACAGGAGUUGUCGUUGACGUGCUCUCGGUUGUGGUCAGAGGAGUUGUCGUUGACGUGCUUCCUGUCGUGGUUGAUGAAGUUGAGUGCUCGUUGUUCAGAGGAGUUGUCGUUGACGAGCUCGCGGUUGUGGUCGUUGGUGGUUGA